UAAGUAAUGUUUUGAAGAUUCUUAUGCUCCUUAUCAUGGUAACGAAUACUAACGAUGAUUAGUUUCACAAGAUUAUACAAAUAAAAUGGAUAGCCAAAAAUCUCCAUUUAAUCCACCAAAAAAAUCAAGAAGAUCUACACCUUCAACCUGAAGGACAUGGACUCCAACAAAAGAAAGUUCUCUUGUCGAUGAUUUAAAAGAGUUAUGUGUUAAUAGUAGGAGAUCUGGUAAUGGAACCUUCAGGCGAGGAUACCCGAUGGAGUUGGAGCACUAUUUGCGUAAACUUCAUCCUAAUAGUGAAUUGAAAGAUGAACCACAUAUCAAUUCUAAAUUAAAAGCGUGGAAGAGAGAAAGUUAUGCAAGCAUAAGUUUACUAAAGGGUCAAAGUAGUUUGAGAUUCCAAUACAGUGACUCAACCAUAAUUGUUGAUGAUCCAGUAGAAUGGGAAAAGUUUCUAAAGACUGGGAGGAAAUAUUUGGCAAAGAUAGGGAAGUGAGAGAGCGUGCAGAAGGGCCACUACAUGCUAUUGAGGAUAUCUUAAAGAUUCAAACAUCAAGACUUUCUAUUGAUAUGACUUUGGGAUUUCUUAUUAAUGUUGAUAAAGAUGAACAUGAAAAUGAAGGUAGUCAUGGACCUAAUAUAGCUAAAUCUGAAAGUGCUUAUACAGACCUAGUUUUACAGGGUCAUUUGAAAAUAAAUAUGCUAGAGGAUCGCUUCAUGAAUGUACUGAUACAUCUGAAAAGCAAGGCGAAUAUGCUAAAUGUUGGUGUAAUAUACCACAAUUACAAUAAAUGAUUACAGUUAAAAUAAAAUGAACAAAAGUGAAGAAAAUAAAAUAAUCUUCUUCGUGGCUGAGGCACAGAUAUCUCGCUUUCUUUAAGGAAAUUCAAGCCCACUGCGGCAUAAUCUACACCAAUCCAGCAGUAUAUCUCUUGACUUGUCCCCUCCAGGCUAUAACAGCCCAUCCACGAUGUACAACUCAAACAACUCCGAAUUAGUUGAAGAGUCCAAAGGUCUGUUUAUAUCUCCUACUGAUAUAU